UUUCUCAUUGUUGCCUUUUCAUCUCUUUCUUUCUCCCUCUGUGAGUUUCUCUCUCUUCGUUUCAACGGGCGAGGAUUUUUCGAAACGAAGGCAAAGGCUUCUUCGAAUCUCAGAGGGCGAAGCGAAGCUCUCCAUCUCUGCGUGUUGAAAAUUCUGCCGUUUCGAUUGAAGAGCUGGAGCUCGAUUGCGUACUGCGCCGGCAGAGGUGAUUUGCUUCCGGAAAUCAUCGGUCUUUUUGGUAUUCGGAGCUGGUGUUUGCUGUGGUUUGAUUGCUGUUUUGGAUGAUGCCGCCUUGCAGGAGGCAUGGAAGCUCUGAUUUUUCUUAAUAUGGAAUUCAGUUUUCGGUAUUUGAGCUUGUGAACCCUAGAAUUCUGCAUGAUUUUGGCUGUGGUUGGCCGUUUCUGAUCCGAUUGUUGGUGACGAGAUUUACACUUUAUCGUUCGGGCAGCGGCUUGACUUGUGUGUUUCUGGGAUUGGUGAAUGGUUGUGCUCUCUCUGGGAGUGCAAGUUGAGGCUUUUAGUGGAAUUUUCAUUCAGCCGUACUGGUUUUGACCGUUAAUUAGGAUUUUGGAUUUUGGAGAUGAUUGUGGGAUGAGAUGGCGGAGUCGAAUAUGGAGGACACUUGUCUCGAGAACAAGCAAUCUACGGCUGCUUCGGGCUCCUCGUUGUCCGAGGGCAGUGGGAGUCCUACUGUAAAGUCCCCGGGAGUAUCCAGUCCUGUCACAAAUUCACCUUCUCACAGGAGGACAAGUGGGCCUAUCAGGCGAGCAAAGGGUGGUUGGACUCCAGAGGAGGAUGAGACACUGAGAACUGCUGUUGAAACUUACAAAGGAAAAAACUGGAAGAGAAUCGCGGAGUUUUUCCCAGAUAGAUCAGAGGUGCAAUGUCUGCAUCGGUGGCAGAAAGUUUUGAAUCCUGAUCUUGUUAAAGGGCCUUGGACUCAAGAGGAGGAUGACAAAAUAAUUGAACUGGUGAAAAAGUAUGGUCCCACGAAAUGGUCUCUCAUUGCUAAGUCUUUGCCUGGUCGCAUAGGGAAACAAUGUCGAGAGAGGUGGCACAAUCAUUUGAAUCCUGAUAUAAAGAAGGACGCGUGGACAUUAGAGGAAGAGCUAGCCUUGUUGAACGCUCAUCGAGUGCAUGGGAACAGAUGGGCUGAAAUAGCUAAAGUCUUACCUGGAAGGACUGACAAUGCAAUCAAGAAUCACUGGAAUAGUUCAUUGAAGAAAAAACUGGACUUCUAUUUGGCUACAGGGAAGCUCCCUCCAGCUGCGAAAAGUGGCCUUCAGAAUGGCAGCAACGAUUUGAACAGGCCUGCUAUUGCUAAAAGAUUGAUUGCCUCUUCAAAGAAGGGAUCUGAUUUGGCUCCUCAGGCUUUGUCUAGAACUGAUGAUGUUGGCAACUUAGAAGACAAGGACCAGAUAGAGUCACUGGCUCCACCUCAAGAUGGAUGUGCUUCAUCAAGCAUUGCUGCAAAUGAGUCUGCUGCUUCUGAAGGUGCAGAAUCAAAGGUAGACGCAUCAAGCAUAGAACUUUCGAGCCAUUUAGAGUCCUUCCCGAAACUUGAUAGUUCGAGAAUAGUUGGGGAGAAUGGUGAACAUGGAGGUUUGGGGACACCAUUGCAAAGCGCAAGUUUACGUUAUGGUUAUCUUUGCUAUGAACCACCCUAUGUUCCUUUAGAUUCAGAUCUCAUGAACGGACAUUUCAUCCCGCAGAGCAACCGUGAUAGUCCUGGGUGUUCACCUAGUAGUUUCUUCACUCCACCUUCUGCCAACAGGGGAAGUUUCAAUAUGCGUUCCCCUGAAUCUAUAUUGCGUCUCGCUGCUCUGAGCUUUCCUAAUACUCCAUCAAUAUUUCGGAAGAGAAAGGCUCAAACACAUAAGGAUGUCCCCCCUUGCAAACUUAUGAAAGCAGAUGCUGAUCUUGUAAAGAGCAGGGUCGAUGAUUCUGAUGAUCGAGAAAGAUGUAAAGAGAGUUUGGAGAAAUAUGGGUCUUUGGAUGAACAGGAUAGUCCUACCCAUCACAGUAAUGGUGCCAUUUCACCAGACGGUAAUGCUUUCAAUGCAUCCCCCCCCUACCGGUUAAGAUCCAAGAGAACUGCAGUAUUCAAGUCGGUGGAGAAACAACUCCAAUUCACAAACGAGGAAGAGAAGCUGGGCAGUGAUAAUACCAAAUCUGCCUCCAAUUUAUCAGCAAAGGAGAGUGAUCAAUGUACAGAAGAUACCAGCCUAGGCCCAACAAAGAUGGGCGUAACCUAGCUGAGAACUGUAUGGAGAGCUUGGACAUACUUUUUAUAUCUUUCUAAUGCCGAAGUGGCAACACUUACCUCCAAGAGGUGGCCUGAAAACCAGCUGAUGCCCACGAAGAUUUUCAUGUGUUAUUCGGUGCAUAUUUAUCACUUCCUAAUCAAUCAACGUUGUCGGGCAGUAUGCAAGAACUUUUGUUUUGCAUCGAGUACAAUGGAUGAUGGGAGAAAGCAAUACGAGGAAGUCUCAUGUGGGGGAUUAGAUUAAUAAGAUGUUAGGGUUUCGUUUAAGGUAGAAUGACCCCCGAGAUUUGUACAGAUACCUCCCUUUUAGACAAAUGAAGAAUAUUUACAGGGAUACACUCUAUGGAAUGGAUAGGAGCAAUUGAAUUCGAAUUAAUCAUCAUUUCUUUCUUGA